GUUCCUGGCGGUGAGGACAAGGUUCCUGGCGGUGAGGACAAGGUUCCUGGCGGAGAGAACAAGGUUGCUGGCUGUGGGGACAAGGUUGGUGGGGGUGAGGACAUGGUUCCUGGCGGUGAGGACAAAGUUCGUAGUGGUGAGGACAAGGUUCCUGGUGGUGAGGACGAGGUUCCUGGCGGUGAGGACAAGGUUCGUGAUGCUGAGGACAAGGUUCCUGGCGGUGAGGACAAGGUUCCUGUCGGUGAGCAUAAG